AGCGCUUCAUGCCGUGGCGUGGCCAGGCGAAUAUGCGACACCGUGUCCUCCAGAGGAGAAAGCAUUCUGUCGCUGGGCCUCGACGUCGCGUCGCGUUGCAUUGCACUGCGUCGAUCUUUUCUGGUCCCGCAAAAGAGCGACAGCUUUCAAAUCCUCGUGCAAGUCGUCGACCAGCAAUUUGAAUCCUGACAGUCUCGAUGGUCAGCGAACGAUCCGUGACCGGGCGAGGGUAAUGUGAGCCUCGACGAAUCGAUUGGGUGCAUGCUCGGACUGUGUGCGCUUGACAGACCCGAAUUCUCCAGAUGGCUCAGAUUCCGAGCUUGGAUCAUGCGCCCAUCAAUCUCUCAGCUCUCAGGGAACAGGCCCAAAAGGAGCUGAUUCAAAUCUUGAGCUCUGUGCGUGGCAAAAAGGUCCUAGUACUGGAUCCUAAGCUCAGUGGUCCACUGGCUCUAGUUGCGCAGCCCUCUCUUCUCAAGGAAAAUGGAGUGGAGAACCUUUAUCAUCUCUCUGCCGAUCCUGUGGCGUCAGAAUGUAAGAAUGUCAUAUACUUGAUGAGACCUCGCAUGGGACUCAUGAAACUCAUUUCUUCACAAAUUCAGCAAGACAAUAUUCAAAAGCUGCAAAAGAAUUAUACGGUGGUCUUCUUGCCACGGCGCACUAUAAUCUGCGAGAAGGUUUUGGAGGAGGAGGGCAUUCUUGGUAGCGUGACCAUCCUCGAAUACCCCUUGUACCUUAUUCCAUUCGACGAGGACGUGUUGUCACUGGAACUAGACAUGGCAUUCAAAGAAACUAAAGUUGAUGGAGAUCUGAGCGCACUUUGGUAUCUAGGGCGCGCCAUUACCCUUCUGCAGGCGCAAUUCGGAGUUAUUCCGAACAUCAAGGGCAAAGGAAAAGCUGCAGUUCAGGUUGCUGAUAUUUUGAAUCGAAUGCAGAGAGAGCAGAUGCCAGAUGCAAAUGCAGCAGUCGUUACGCCAGAAAUUGACACAAUGAUCCUUAUCGAUCGCCAGGUCGAUUUGGUUACACCUAUGUGCUGGCAACUCACAUAUGAAGGUUUAAUUGAUGAGUUUCUCACGAUCAGCAACGGAGCUGUGGAGCUGGACCCAACCAUCAUGGGAAUAGCACAGUCCGGUGUUAAAAAGGCAAAAGUUCCCUUGAAUUCUAGUGACAAAUUAUACCGAGAACUUCGAGAUUUGAACUUCGGAGUCGUUGGUCAGGUUCUUCGUAACAAGGCCACAAGUAUGAAGCAAGACUACAACGAUGUGACAGGUGGAGGUCCACAACAUCAGUCUGUUUCUGAGCUCAAAGACUUCGUGAAAAAAUUGAACGCGCUCCCAGAGUUGACGAGGCACACUAAUAUUGCCCAACAUUUGUCCACAUUUACCACGAAGUCGAAGUUUUUAACACGCCUCAGCAUCGAACAAACUCUUGUGGAGGGACUAAGCUACGACAUAUCAUUUGAAUUUGUGGAGGAGAUGAUACAUAGGCAAGAGCCUAUCACGAGUGUACUUCGAUUACUAGUACUUCUCUCACUGACCAGUGGUGGUCUCCAAAAGAAGCAUUUUGACUAUCUCAGGCGGGAGGUUCUGCAUACCUAUGGCUUCGAGCACAUGUUUACUUUAAGCAACUUGGAAAAAGCUGGACUUUUAAAAAAGCAGGAAGCCAAGAGCAGCUGGCAAAACAUUAAGCGUGGAUUCAGACUUGUUGUUGAAGAUCAAGAUGAUGCCAAUCCCACAGAUGUUUCUUAUGUUUACUCAGGAUACGCGCCUCUUAGUAUUAGGCUUGUCCAACACGCGCUCAAAGGUGGCUGGAAAGCUGUGGACGAAGUUUUCAAAUUGCUACCGGGGCAAAGUUUUGAUAGGAAGCAAGGGUCACAGGCAGAUCAAAGUGUUCUCUCGAGAGACGGUAGUGCACGAGAAGGUUCAGUAACAGCGGACAGUGCCCCAGCGGUAGAUGGGCGGAGGGCUGUUGUCUUGGUUGUCUUCAUCGGAGGAGUUACAUACGCAGAAAUAUCUGCUCUGCGAUUUCUUGGAGCACAAGAGGGUAUGAAGUACGACUUUGUUAUUGCCACAACAAAGUUAAUCAACGGAACGAGUUUGCUGAAGUCUAUGGUGGAGGAGAGCUAAAGGGAGCAGGAACCCACAUCCAUUGUCUUUCUUAUGAUUUUUGCCGGCAUCUCUCCAUCAAUUUACAAAUGUGAGAAGAGGUCUGCGUGCUUUCGAGUGGGACCUGAAAUAUAACACCUUCGGUCAUGCUCUCUACUGUCAACUACGAAGUGUGUUGCAUUUGCUCUGGAGAUCUAUCUUUGCAAUUCAUAGAGUUCAUGUUCUUCUGGAGGUUGAAAUUGUAGACACAGGGAUACACGGUUUGAGGAACGAUGGGCAGCUUCGAAGUUUUGAUAUGCUACAUAGAGAGCUUGCACUAUCCUCCCGCUGAUGAUACCAAGUUUCCCAUUGAGCUUGCAGAGGAGAGUCACGAUUUACGACAAAAGUCCGCUGCCCCGCUUGUAUAUGCAGUCAUUCCCUUGCCACCAUCUUUUUUAGGUAUAUACAGUAGUGACUACACAGAUACAUGUCAUAUAUGGUGGUUUUUCCAACUCAGCAGCAUUUGAGUGUCCAAUAGUUCUGUUUGAUUAUUUUGAAACGAG